AUGUUAAUGACUGAAAACGAUCUUGGGAAGUAUCAAACUGGUACUCAAAUAAUGACUCGAACAUUUCUAUCUACAUCGAAAAAGCUAACAGUUGCAGAGUUCUUUGCUGGGGAAGGACAACAAAAUAGUUUUCGGAAAACAUCCGAUAGAACCCACAUUCAAAUAUCAGUAGUGUGUCAACACAAAAUCAAAAAUACCCGCACUGCUCUCGAUAUUGAAUCAAUGUCGAGUAUUUUAGAUGAACAAGAAGUGUUAAUUACACCAUUUGCAACAUUUAACGUUACUAAUGUGAAACGGCAUGAUCCAACAACUAAUCCAUCCGUUUCAGUUGAAAUAGAGUUAGAAGAAUAUGAGUCAGUUUGUGAACCUACUUACUUGUGUGAACUGAUUCGGCAUCAGCAUAAACGAUAUUCUCGGAUCGAACGGUUAAUGAAUCCAGCAAAAUCUUUUCCAAUUGAACAAAGCUACAUUAAUUUAGCUAUAGUGGAAAUCAAAGAACAACAAAAAAAAGAAAAGAAGCUACGUAAUGCUCAGCAAAGUGAUGCGAUCAUCGGUAUCUUUGAAGAGAUACACGGAGCGAAGGCUCUAGUUGAUGUCAAGGACAUUUUUGAAACUUGCAAGAAUCAAACGAAGAAGGUACUCGUGCUCGGACGCGCUGGGAUCGGUAAAACAACAUUUUGUCGAUAUGUUGCUUACCGAUGGGCAAAUGGCACAAUUUGGCCACAAUAUAAGCCGAUUUUCUUGAUUCCGCCACGGCGUUUAACAGAAAGUCGUUAUCCUCCAUUGUCAUCCGGCAUUAGCUAUUCUCGAAUUGAUCUCGUCGAAAAGGAAUGUUUCCACCAUGCUCUUUCCGACAAAGAUAAAAUAUAUUUGAGAGAACCGUUUGACAAAAGUCAAGUUCUAUGGCUUUUGGAUGGGUAUGAUGAAAUUGUACAAAAUGUACCAGCACAUCUACAAUAUUUAUUCGAGCAGUUACUGAACACUCCACACCACAUCUUGACCUCUCGUCCAUACUCAAAUAAGUUAUCAUAUGAUGUGAUAAUGGAAAUCACAGGUUUUACAGAUGAUAAUAUACAUGAAUAUUCUGCAUGUGAAGCUCUCGGGAAACUGGGUGAGAAAGCAGCAACUUCUGAAGUGAUUAGAGCACUACUCAAUGCACUUGGUGAUGAGAAUGAUGCUGUCAGAUCUUCUGCAUGUGAAGCUCUCGGGAAUAUGGGUGACAAAGCAGCAACUUCUGAAGUGAUUAGAGCACUACUCAAUGCACUUUGUGACGCGCAGAACCUUGUUAGAUAUUCUGCACGUGAAGCUCUCGAGACAAUGGGUGACGAAGCAGCAACUUCUGAACUGAUUAGAGCACUACUCAAUGCACUUGGUGAUGAGAACGAGAAUGUCAGAUAUUCUGCAUGCGUAGUUCUCGGGAAAAUGGGUGACAAAGCAGCAACUUCUGAACUGAUUAGAGCACUACUCAAUGCACUUGGUGAUGAGAAUGCGAAUGUCAGAUAUUCUGCAUGUGAAGCUCUCGAGAAAAUGGGUGACAAAGCAGCAACUUCUGAAGUGAUUAGAGCACUACUCAAUGCACUUGGUGAUGAGAAUGCGAAUGUCAGAUAUUCUGCAUGUGUAGUUCUCGGGAAAAUGGGUGACAAAGCAGCAACUUCCGAAGUGAUUAGAGCACUACUCAACGCACUUGGUGAUGAGAAUGAGAAUGUCAGAUAUUCUGCAUGCAAAGCUCUCGAGAAAAUGGGUGACAAAGCAGCAACUUCUGAACUGAUUAGAGCACUACUCAACGCACUUGGUGAUGAGAAUGAGGAUGUCAGAUAUUCUGCAUGUAAAGUUCUCGAGGAACUCAUCAGCGGGUUUUUCCACACUGAAAAUGUUGAUUGGCUUCCUGUUAUAACCAUUGCUGCACUUCUGCAGGGUAGUGCAGUGACCGGUACUGCAAAGACUAUUGUAGUAUAUGGUAGUGAAGAUCCAGCGGUGGUGAACGCUCUCAGUUUAAAUCAUGGAAGGCUGACUCUGAAAUUGGUUGAAGCUUUUGUUGAUCAAGCAAAAAGACUUGGUUUAUCUCGAGAACUGCCUAUUUCUUUUGUUAUGUGGAAUGCUGUCGAAAGUUGA